CCCCCCUCUCUCUCCUCGUUGUUACUUACUUUUGUAUCAAUUUCACACACCCAUCAAAACCCUGCGUUAUUAGCCUCAUCUCUUUUUACAUUUCUCGCUUAGAUCGCUGACCGAAAAAGGAUAACCAUCCAUGCCGAGUCGACUCGGACCCAUCCCAGCUCAGGACAUCGCCACCUCGUCCCCUGACUCGGUAAUGAGUCUCAGUUGAUCAUCGAGUUCGAUCCUUACUGACCCAGGGUUUUUUGAUCUGGGCUUGUUGAAUUUGGGAUAAAGCAAGUGUUUUUUAAUCUGGGUUUGUUCAAUUUGUGAUGGGUGAGGAGACAUCUGAUACUAUGAACCUUGACUUGAACCUGGGUCCUGUUCCCGAGCCACCAUCAGACUCGGUAUCAAAUGAAUUUGUAAAUUUGGAUCAUUUGAUUGAUCAUCCUUCCCAUAGUCUUAGGGAAGCUAUUAGGUUUAGAGCUCGACAGCGAUGGAGGAGAUGGCGACAGAUUCCAAUUCCACCUGAAGCUCAGAACAUAUCAAUGGAAUUGAACGAAUUGAUGGUCAAUUCUGGUGAUACGAGUACAUUGCAGACAGGUGAGGGUAGUGUUCCAGCUGAGGAAAGAAUGAAUGAGGUUCCCAAAACAUGUGAAAAUAACAAUGGAGGUUUGGAGGACGAGACUUCAGUGAAAAAUGAUGAUGUUGAAAAGGGUAGUGGCAAUGAUGGGAGCUUUUUCGAUUGCAAUAUAUGUUUGGACUUGUCUAGGGACCCUGUUGUGACUUGUUGUGGCCACUUGUUUUGUUGGCCUUGUCUCUACCGAUGGUUGCAUCUCCAUUCAGAUGCAGGGGAAUGUCCAGUGUGUAAGGGAGAGGUGCAACACAAAACUGUGACCCCAAUUUAUGGUCGUGGGAACCCUGUUCGUGAGCCCGAGGAGGACUCAGGUCUGAAGAUCCCUGGUAGGCCCCAGGGACACAGGGUUGAGAGUUUGAGGCAAUCAAUUCAGAGAACUCCGUAUACUUUCCCUGUGGAGGAGAUGAUCCGUCGCCUUGGAACUAGGUUUGAUUUGACUAGGGACUUUAUACCGCCACAGGAGCCUGACAGUACACGCGAAACAGUAGAGAGAACUAAUUCCUUGUUGAAUCGGAUUCUGAAUUCUCGUGCACGGAGAGAGCAAAAUCAAGUGGCUUCCCCUGAUGAUGUUGUGGAUUUAACAAGCGACGUGAGUAGCCCUGAGACAGGAGAAAAUCGCCGGCUGCAGGCCCUUUAUCUUCGAAGGACACAAGCUCAUAGAACAACACUUUCUUCUCUUUCAUCUGCAUUGAGUUCUGCUGAAAGGUUUGUUGAGUCAUAUUUUCGCAACCAUCCUGGAGGUAGAAGUCAAGAGCCACCUCAACCAGUUGAUGAUAGAGAUUCAUUCUCAAGUAUUGCUGCUGUUAUAAAUUCGGAAAGUCAGGUGGACACUGCUAUGGAAAUAGAUUCUAUGGUGUCCCUUUCAACAUCAUCUUCCCGAAGAAGGAAUGAUGCUUCAAGGAGUUCAGAUGUAGACAGUGGAGAUUCUCGUGCACCUAGAAGAAGAAGGCUGAAUUAAAAAGGGUUUCCUCAGUCCUAAUAUUUAAAUAUCCUGCUGCCACUCCGAGAAGAUACUUUAACAGCUGUGCAAAUGCUCCUUGCCUUAUUAUUGCUUUCGCUCUACAAUGUAUUCACCUUGCUACUAUCCCGUCAACUAUCAUGAGGUGAUCAUAAAACUCUGCAGCUUUUGCUGCUUAAAAUGUCUUGCUUGAAAUAUUAUCUUUCUCCUUCAA